CACAAUCAAAGAGAGUUAGUAAGAAGUUGGGGUUUGAUUAACGUUUUGGUUCGGAGAUGGGUUUGGUCAUGAGGUUUGAUCUUUACCUUAUGUUUGUGAUGUUGAUGGGUUUGGGGUUUACGAUAUCAAAUGGAUACAAAUUCUAUGUUGGUGGGAAAGAUGGUUGGGUCCCUACUCCGAUCCUUCCGAAGAUUAUUCUCAUUGGUCUCACCGAAACCGGUUUCAAGUCAACGACACUCUUCGUAAGUCUCCUUCCUCUUCUCUUUCUAUAUAACUAUCUAUACAAUGUGUCAAUAUUAAUGCCUUAUAAUUUUGCAUUUUUACAAGAUUUUAAGUACGGGAAGGGAAAAGAUUCAGUGUUGGAGGUGAGGGAACAAGAGUACAACACAUGCAACACGACAACCCCCCCCCCCCUGACUUCCCUCCCAGACGGAGACUCUCUCUUUCUACUUAGCCACUCCGGUUCCUUCUUUUUCAUUAGUGGCAACUCUCAAAACUGUCUUAAAGGUCAGAAGCUAGCCGUCAAGGUCCUGUCCACCGUCCACCACAGCCACUCUCCUCGUCAUACCUCUCCCUCCUCGUCUCCGUCACCGUCACUGUCUCCGGUCCAUCAGGAUUUGUCUUCGCCGGUGCCUUCUCCAGGAGUGGAACCAUCAUCUGUAUCAAACGCUCAUGCUCCAGCUCCAGGGCCGACUUCAGCUCGCAAUUCCGCCGGGGAUGGUGGUUCUUGUGAUUAUGAUAAGUUCUAUGUUUUGAGGGGUUUAUAUAUUGUCGCUAGUCAUUAAUUUGUGAGGGUAUUGAUUCCUCUACCAUUGAUGAGUUUCAUUUUUAUGUGCAUGCCAUUUUAUUUGUAUGUUUGAAGCAUCUUGUAUCCAUCUUUUAUGUUUCCGAUUUCUCGUUUUUGUUAUUAUGAUCAUGCUAAUGGACGUAUAUGUAGUAUUCACAUAGCUCAUGCAAAACGUCUCCAUUCUAAGAUCUUGUUGAAACAUAUAAAUAGAUCUUAUAUGA